AUGGGAGAUAAAAGACCUGUGUUCCUCCUUCAAAUUGGCAAUGUCGAGCUCAAAGACUUGCAGAGCCUUGAACGCUGCCAACUUAAAGAUGUGGUAGCUGCAAAACCUGAUAAACUCAAUUGUUUAGUGGCUGAUGACGGCGACAACUGGAGCAUGGGGCAAAGACAGCUUCUCUGUUUGGGGCGAGUUAUGUUCAUGGACGAGGCCACGGCUUCAGUUGAUUCACAGACAGAUGCUGUAAUACAAAGGAUCAUCCGAGAGGAUUUUGCUGCAUAUUUUGAAUUUGAAGUGAUUGGAUUGGUUCUAAGGGUCUCUCAUGGGGAGAAUUCUUGGCGGGUUUGUGUCGCCUCUGCUGCUGCUAACAGGGGACAUGGGACCUCUGAAUUCAAUGGUGAAGUUGUUGCCAGCGUUUGCGGUAUCGCCGAGCGCGUCAAUAAGCGUUGGAGAGUGGAGAUAAACUAUAGCCAUGAUGCAGUGUUGAUGCUUUCUUCAAUGAACUUACCUGACGGCAUCCAGAGGCGACGAACUGCUCUGGAUGAACUCAACAUGCGCAGCAUUUUUGAGGAGAAUGAUGUCAUUUGUGCUGAAGUUCGUGGUUUUCAACAUGAUGGUUUACAUCUCCAAGCAAGAAGUCAGAAGUAUGGAAAGCUUGGAAGGGGUCAAUUGCUGACAGUCCCUCCUUAUCUGGUGAAAAGACGCAAGCAGCACUUCCAUCAUUUAGAAAACUAUGGUAUUGACCUGAUAAUUGGCUGUAAUGGAUUCAUCUGGGUUGGGGAACAUGUUCAAGUGACAGACGAUAUGGUAGUGGAUCAAGUGAACAAGUCUGAACAAGAUGAUGCCAAACCUGAUGAAAAUUCCAUUAGUCCCGAAGAUCAAGGGAAAAACUACACUCGGCAAGAGACAAGAGAGAACAUAUGCAGGGCUGCAAAUGCUAUCCGCGUAUUGUCUACUUUAGGCUUCAAUAUUACUGUAGAAGUAAUCACGGAGACGGUUGAUUUGAGCACUUCUAUAAAUGUUGCUAUACAUGAAAUGCUCGGUUCAGAGUUCUAUGUUUUGGUUGCAGAGAAGGAGUCUGUAAGGCGAAGCAUGACAAAAAAAAAGUGAUGACUGUGUGUCCACUUUUGAAUUCUGUUAUAAGAGAGUUGUUCGUCCUUAAUCCUUUUCUUUUAUCUUUAUAUUUUACACAAUCAAACGUAUUUUUGGAGAACCAGUGAACAGAAGAGUUAUACUCCAUCCAAUCUCAUCUCAUUAAAUAGAGGGAUGGCAUCCUCUUCGUCUAUCGAAA